CCAACGUCAAAUUCUUCCCUUUCUCGCGCGAUGUUCGUCCUUGCCGUCAACUGGAAAACCCUAUCGGCGCCGCCGACGGGAAACCCAAACGCGUUGUCUAGAAACAUCCCCAACUCUCGUUGUUGCCUUCUCACGCAGUUUCCGAUCUGGUUGCCAAGUCCUUUACCGUCGUAGGCAAUAUCAUCGGAAAUCAGCCCCUGCUUAGCGCGCUGAAUCGACAUCGGGAAUAUCAUCGCCUCGCCGCCAUCUCUAGAUCUCGAACACCUGCACCUUCGGCUACCGCUAGAUCUUGAACAACCAAAACCUAGAUCUCGACACUACCAGGACUGGUACAAAAUUUCCACUCAGUCCUCUUCAUGAACAACUCGAAAGGUUCCCUGGUAAUGGUGGGAAAGCUGCUGGGUGACUUGGAAUGGGACAAUGAAACUUCCUUCCUUUACACUCUUUUCAUAAACCAGGAGUACCGGAAUCCUUAUACCUAAUUGGCUUGAUGGGGCUAGCUAUCUGGGCCAGAAGUACAUGAAUGGGUUCCUGUGUAAUCUCUGUGAAAAAGUUGAUUUCAUCUGGUAUUAUGAGGAUGUUGCUAGCAAAAGACCUGUUUACUAGGCUUUCUACACGGGAUUUGUUGCUUAUGUGAUGACAUUCGAAGCGGGGAAAGAGCUGAAGGACCCUAAUUGGCAAGCCCAUCUCUACUUCAUAGAGAAUUCAACACUUUUUCAUUUUGCUUCCCCAUCUUCUGAUGGCCUGCUCAUUGGACGAGGAGCAAUGCAUGCGGUGGCUCGUUCUAAUCGUGUUGACUAUGUACGUUUUCUCUAAUAACUUUAUUUUGUGGUUGUUGCUUGAAAUAGGAUGAAAUCCAAUGACUCAAUGAUUUAAACUGUCUUGCAUUCACCCAUAUUUUCCCCAAACAAAUUGUAUACUUAAUAAUUUUUGUAGCAAAGAUAUAGUAUAAAAUGUUACUCAAAAGGCACCAAAAGUCCACCUUGUAUGCUUUUUCGUUUCAUUCAAAAUAAGUGCUCCAAUGUAGUAAACUUCUUAGAGUACACUCCACAAAAAAGUGUGUCAAAUAAAAGAACACCGCUUCCUCACUCUAUCUUGACUAUCCUUGGCCUUUUUUGGGAUUUUGUGCGUGAAAACUAGUCUAUUACACACUGCUUCAAUAGAUCAUUCAUGUUAAUAACAAAUGAAACUUAGGAAAAGUAACAUUAAAGAAUGAAACAUCCUUUAGGAAAAGUAACAUUAAAGAAUAAAGCUUACGUUAAGAAAUACUAAAUGAAAUUGAUUAUCUGCUCCAUUAUCUCGAUCUUUUUAGAUUAUUUUUUUCAUUAUUUGGCAAAACUCUUCUUAUUCAUUUCACAUAUCAUCCUUAUUCCGCUCAUCGACAAUAUCACAGUAUGUUGCUAAAAUGCUAGGGUCGGUGAUCAUUGUCAAGAUAUCGGAUGUCCUCUGCCUCUCUACGAUGGAGUACCUAGUGGUUUUUUCAAAUUCGUCUAGAAUAUUCCUCAUCGGCAACAAUACUUUUCAACUUAAUUGGAAAUACUUUUGAGUCUAAACCUUUCUGGAAAAUAUAAUUCUUGAAAACCAUAAGGUGGAGUCGAAUACGUAUUUUAUUUUCCAUACAGUUAAACACUAUAUAAAAGUAUUGAAUCAUGUCCUAUUGCAUAAGUGCUAUUUUGCUUAUAAGCUCAUUGACCUCAUUAUCCAUAAAAUUGUUGAAGCAUGUCUUAUUUUGUCUACAACUUGAAAGUUCAUCUUUCACAUGUAAAACAUAGUAACAAUAUUAUGUCUUGGUUUUGGGAACUUGUGAUUGAAUUUGAACAUAUACAUGUAAACCUUGUGAGGAGUUGUGUCUGGCCACUCACACUUCAAUUGAGUGCCUCCCAGAAUUACUUUUGUGUUAUACUAUGUACAACUGAGAUAACAAGAUAUAGAGUUCUCAAUAGGUGCAAAGUCUCAUAUGGUCAAUUGCACCAUUGGUAGUACAAAGAGCUUUAUAUAUUGGUGUUAUCUCGGUUAUAUAAUGUUUGAUAAGAAGGUGAUUCCAGAAGGUACUAGGUCAAGUGUAGUGGGUGCCCAUACACAAUUCCCCACAAAGUUAUAAGUACGCGACAUGGAUUCAAUUUCCAUCACAAGCUUCUAGUAGUAUUGUUACUAUGUUUUGCAGGUACUAGGUGUAUUUUUGAGAUGUUGACAAAACUGGACACGCUUCAAUAAUUUUAUGGGAAAGGGGCCAAUAGCUUAUACACAACACAUCACCUAUGUUAAAUGAGGACAUGAUUUAGAAGGGUCUCUGCUCAAAAGUAUUUCCCAUUGACUUUGAAAGAAUUGUUGGCCGAUGAUGAAUACUCAAUGUGAAUUUGAAAUGGCCCCUAGGUUCUUUAUCUUGAAGGGGGCAAAGGACAUUCGGUAUCUUGACAAUGAUCCCUGACCCUAUCAUUUUAAAAGCAUAGAAUGAUACUCCAUCCGUUCAAUAAUUUUUUUUCCCAUUUUGACUUGAUACAGAGAUUAAAAAAGUGUAAAGACUUUCCAUGUUUAUCCUUGAUGUGAUGAAAUAAGGUGAAUAAUGUAGAUAAAGGUAAGGGUAUAAU